AACUAAUUAGACAAUCUGUAAACCAACUUAUAGCCGCCUCUGAAAAUGGAAACAGUGAAGCUCUAUGGGGCAUGGCCGAGUCCGUACAGUUGCAGGGUAAUAUGGGCAUUGAAGCUCAAGGGCAUUCCGUUCGAGUACAUCGAAGAAGAUCUUUACAACAAGAGUCCUCAACUCUUACAGUACAACCCAGUGUACAACAAAAUUCCAGUGCUUGUUCAUGGUGGACGACCGAUCUGUGAAUCCAUGGUCAUACUGGAAUAUCUAGAUGAGAAGUGGCCACAACAGCCUUUAUUGCCGACCGAUCCUUAUGAAAGGGCAGAGGCUCGAUUUUGGGUCAAAUUCGCCGAAGAUAAGGGUCUUAGCAUUCGGAUGAUAUACCGAACUGAGGGUGAAAAACAAGAAAAGGCCAGGAGGGAUGCCUUGGAGAUGCUGACCAUCCUAGAAGAACAUGGACUCAACGGGAAGAAGAAAUUCUUUGGAGGGGACAAUAUCAAUAUUGUGGAUAUUGCCUUCGGGUGGAUUGCCCACUGGAUGGGAGUCAUUGAAGAGAUCACAGGAGUGAAGCUAGUUGAGGGCAAUAAGUUCCCUCUCUUGAAGGCUUGGAUGCACAAUUUCAAGGAAGUGUCGCUUAUCAAUGAGAAUCUACCUAAUAGAGAAAAGAUGGUUGCUUUCUUCCGAACCAGGAGAUCGCUGAUUUUGUCAGCAGCUUGGCAUCCCGACUUUGGGUUUAUUUCAAGAAGAUAAAAGAGUCAUCCUGCCUAGGUUCUAUGUCCUUUCUUGCAUUUUGAGUGUUCGUUCUUCUUGUAUCCAACCCCCUCCUAGUUUUAGCGGGUUCUUGUGCUUGCUUGGAUCGAUGUCUUUUCGGUUAAUGAAAUCUUAUGACAGUCUCCAUCUUUUGUC